CGUCCACAGUGGUGAUCUCCAUCAUCAAAAGUGUCUUCACAAGGCAUGGGAUCCCAGAGACCCUCGUCAGCGAUAAUGGGCCUCAGUUUUCGUCGGCAGAAUUCCACGUCUUCGCCCAGAGCUACGGCUUCUCCCACGUCACCAGCAGUCCCAGUUACCCCCAGUACAAUGGGGAAGUCGAGCGUAUGGUGCGGACGGUCAAGGAAAUCUUCAAGAAGUCUCCGGACUGGCCUUUGGCCCUCUUGGCAUACCGCAAUGCACCUGGCCUGACUGGGUACAGCCCUGCUCAGCUGCUCAUGGGGCGCAGCCUCAGAACUCGCCUUCCAGUCCCAAUGGCCGCGUUGCUUCCAGAACCGCCUAAUGUUGCCGACUUCCACUGGCGAAACACUGCCCAACAACGUCACCAGCGUCAAGAUUUUUACCGUCGACAUGCUGCACAAGAUUUGUGGCCCCUGGAGGAGGGAGAGAGAGUGUGGAUUCACGAUGCUGGCCCUGUUCUCAGCCCAGCGCAGCGUCCACGCUCCUACGUGGUCCAGACGGAUGCAGGUGCUCUCAUCCGCAACCGGAGACAUCUGGUUCCGCAGCAGUCUCCGUCAUCAGGGAGUCUAGACUUCGGCAACUCCAGUCCAUGGACACAAGGAUCCGAAAGCCUGCCACAGACUCCAACACCCCCAGAGCCUGUGAGCAGCAGUCCAACUCGCAGGGCACUUACUCCUCUGCCAGUUGCAUCGCCACUGGUUGCCCCAGCUACUCCAUCAAGACCACCUGGGUCGGUUGUGCGCACUCAUUCUGGACGUUGUGUUAGGCCCCCGGUGUGGCUGAACUUGUAG